AAUUCGAAAACGCCGCUCACAAUGAAAAGUCGCUGAAAAUCGCACGGGACAGACAGUUGUAAAAUUGAAAAUAAAUUGAGUGUGGCAAUCAGGUCCAUAAAGAUUUCAGUUGAUUUUUGUUUGGAUGCACACAUAAAUUUAUUUUCCAAUUAUAAAAGAUCAUAAAUAACUUAAACAUAUAGAAAAGACACACACACACACAAACAAAUUAAAACACCCCUCAACAACGACUGUGAAUGCGAACAACACCCCCAAUCAAAGAGCCACAACGAUGAGCGAUAACAUCCCCUCUGUGCCCUUGGCUGAGUUUAUAGAACCGCCAAAUCCAACUGAAGACGAACCAUUCGUACCCCUGGCCGAGCCCAGAAAAAUGAACGAUAUGCCUGUGGCAGCGGCUGCCACGCCCACGCCCACCAACGCCACCACACCCAUCAGCAAUGGUACGCCCACGCAGACUGCAGCAGCAACUGCAACGACAGCUGUGGCCCCCAGCAGUAGCAGCAGUAGCAGCAGCAGCGAGAACAGCAUCUUCUCCAUUGCGAAUGCGGCGGGCAAGAAGGUGGCCAUUGUGGUUUCCAUCUAUAUGGUGGGCUACAUGGGCUGGUCGGUGGCAUGGCUGAUAGCGCCGGUCAUACUGUCCUUGACACGCGAUUAUCUGGCCAGGACGUCGGCCAAGAAGCGGGACAUAGCCAAGGCCUCGGCGCUGGCCUGCGAAAAGGAUGUGAUUCUGGCGCGCAUUGACGAGCUGCCCGCUUGGGUUUACUUUCCCGAUGUCGAGCGUUGCGAGUGGCUAAAUAAGAUUUUGAAGCAGGUCUGGCCGAAUGCCAAUCACUUUGCCCGCACUCUGGUCAAGGAAACGAUCGAACCGAAUGUGGCCUUGGCUUUAUCGAACUACAAAAUGCACGGCUUUCGCUUUGAUCGCAUCAUUCUGGGCACAAUACCGCCGCGCAUCGGCGGCGUUAAGAUCUACGACAAGAAUGUGGAUCGGAAUGAGAUCAUCAUGGACCUGGAUCUCUUUUAUGCCAGCGAUUGCGACAUCAAUUUCUAUUUGGGUGGCAUGAAGGGCGGCAUCAAGGACUUCCAGAUCCAUGGUUGGGUGCGUGUCGUAAUGAAGCCCCUGAUCCGUUCGAUGCCCCUGGUGGGCGGACUGCAGAUCUUCUUUCUGAACAAUCCCAAUGUGGAUUUCAAUCUGGUGGGUUUCAUCGAUUUCAUGGACAUGCCGGGCAUCAGUGAUCUGCUGCGUAGGAUCAUUGUGGAGCAGAUCGGCGCUGUGAUGGUGCUGCCCAACAAGCUGCCCAUUUCGCUCAGCGAAGAGGUAUCCGCCGUGGCGCUCAAGAUGCCCGAACCAGAGGGCAUACUGCGCAUUCAUGUGGUGGAGGCCAAGGAUCUGAUGAAGAAGGACAUCAGUAUGCUGGGCAAGGGUAAAUCCGAUCCCUAUGCCAUCAUCAAUGUGGGCGCCCAGGAGUUUAAGACGCAGAUUAUUGACAACAAUGUCAAUCCCAAGUGGGACUAUUGGUGUGAGGCGUGUAUUUUUACCACCAUAGGCCACUUAAUUGGGUUUUCUUUGUGGGACUAUGAUCAGACAAUGCCAGGUGUACAGAACGAUGAUAUAUUGGGCAGAGCCAGCAUCGAUAUAGCCAGCGUGAUCAAGAAAGGCGUUGUGGAUAGCUGGCUCACCCUGGAGGAUGCCAAGCACGGUCUGCUGCAUGUGCGCUUGCAGUGGUACAAACUCACCGCGGAUCCAAAUGAUCUGCAGCAGAUUCUACUGGAAACGCAGCUGCUGCGCGUUACCACCAUGAGCUCGGCAGUGCUCAGCGUUUUCAUUGACUCGGCCAGGCAUCUCAAGCAAGCGCGAUCCAGCUCGAAGCCCGAUCCCUAUCUGGUGUGCAGCCUCAACAAGCAGAAGCAGCAAACGGCCAUGAUCAUGAGGGAUGAUUCGCCCGUCUGGGAGCAGGGCUUCACCUUUCUGGUCAGCAAUCCGGACAACGAGAGUCUGAACAUCAAGAUCUAUGAUCAGAAGACGGGCAACGAUAUCGGACAAUACACUUACACGCUGAGUACCCUGCUCAAGCAGUUCAACAUGGAGGUGAUCCAGCAGCCCUUCCAACUCCAAAAGUCUGGCCCUGAAUCCAAGCUCUAUAUGUCGCUUUCGAUGCGCAUAUUGAAACCGGGCGAAAUUGACAAGGAAUCCGAUGCAAUCGAGCAGGUGGCGGCCCUCACACGCAGCAGUUCUGUCAAGACGCCCGAUUUGACUGUGGUGGCACCACCAGCCUUCAAGGAUAGCCAAGCAGCCAACAAACGCCAGUCCACAGAGUCACCCAUCAGUGAGGAGGAGCUGACAGUGCCCACGAAAAUCUCACCGGCCAUGUCUGCCUCCACAUCCAGCGAGAAGCCGAUUAGCGAGCUGGCCGCCUCCGUAUUGACCCAUCGCUUUCCCGAGACGAGCUCCACGGCGGGCGAGCACGGCCUCGGACGCAUUCAGAUGUCCAUUCGCUACAGUGCCCAGAGGCAGAAGCUCGACGUGACCCUACACAAGAUCGUUAAGAUACCGCUGCGCGACCCCAGCAGCAUACCUGAUCCGUAUGUGAAGCUGUAUCUGCUGCCAGGGCGCACCAAGGAGUCCAAACGUAAGACGGGCGUGAUCAAGGACAACUGCAAUCCGGUCUACGACGCCUCGUUCGAGUACCUGAUUUCCAUAGCAGAGCUCAGGCAGACAGAGCUCGAGGUGACGGUGUGUACACAGAAGGGUUUUCUGUCCGGCGGCAGUCCCAUUAUUGGCAUGCUGAAAAUACCUCUGGACGACAGUGAGAUUACGACACCGGCGGGACUGAACACUUGGUUCGACUUGCAGCCCGAGAUGCGGCACGAAUGAAGUGUGGAAGCAUCCGAGAAUACGAAAGAGUCUCAUCACACAAAACCAGCACCACAGUCAAUCAAACUCAACAAGAACUAAUCACUUUUUUACCCAUCGCACUUGACGCCUUUUGUAUUUGUUGUGUAUAAUUUAUGUGUAUAACGUUGGUCCCCUGGAGCCACUGAACCCAACCCGGAACCAAACUAAAAUCUCUUAGUCGUGCCUCUAUAUUUAUAACUAUCAACUUAUUGUAGUCAAAUAAAUCGAACUGUGUUUUCAACAAA